GUCAUCCAGGUGGAUCAGAACUUCGGCAGGUCGUGGCACAGAUCGAACCCCCAAAACGUCACGCCCUGCAUCAUCCCCAAGGGCAAGUAUGUGGUGACGGGGCCCCACUGGCGCCUCCUAGGCGGGGCAGCGACGAGCGAGUUGAGUGCAGUCGCGGUGGGAGGCACUAGGGAGAAGUGCAUGCUGCAGGGCGUCGGCCUCGAGGAGAUCCAAAGUUAUUCCAUGGAAAAGCUGCUGGGCCCAAGCUGA